AUGGCCUCGUACGGGCUCUUGGGCCAGCCAGAGGAAGAUGCCCUCCACAAGUCGCGUCUCCUCAACGUUGAAGAAAAGCCUUUCAAGCGCAUCGCCAAGCGACUACUGAAUCCCGAAUCACUCAUUUCCGACUCGUCUUUACCACUGACGCCCCCUCCCGACGAGUCCGAUAUCGACCCCAGCACAGGCGCGGACGCCAAGCGACAAAAGCGUAUUGAAGAAUGGAGGACAUUUCGCGAGGACGUCGCGUUGGAUUUUGCCGCUUUUGAAGGGAGCAUUGCCCGCAUUCAAUUCCUCCUCACCAGUAACGAGGCCGAGCGCCAACGAUAUGCGUCAGAGAAACUGGCUAUUCUGGACACGAUGCAGUCUGUGCGUCAAAAUACAAUCGAGUUACGAUCGCAGCUUGAGGAAGCACAAAGGUUGCUUGCGCUGCGCAAAACUUACGAUGACCUGGCCGAUAAGAUCACGAGCAAUCGCUUACUGAAACCCCGCGAGGAUCAGCAGGCGAACUUGCAAAAGCUGCAGAGUGAGAUUACGGAGCUCGAGAAGGAGAGUAAAGAUUAUGCUACAACGUGGGCGGAGCGCCGGGAACAGUUUGGUCGAAUCGUCGAUGAAGGCAUGCAGCUUCGGCGUUUGAUCCGCGAUGAGAAGGAAGAAGUCGAGCGACGGGAAGGGAUGCAAGAAGGCGGGGAUGCCGACGAGGGCGAUGCUACUUCCAAAGGCAAGCCCAGUGCUGCCAACAGUCCGGUGCCGGACGGAGAUGACGCGACCCCUUCGCAGCACAGCCAAGACGAAGGCGGUCGGUUACAGGUCGAGAAAGCCUCCGGGGCCACGGGUGCCGCCUCUCCACUGCGCCAGGCUGUGAGUGCGGAGACAGAGAAGGGCGGUGAAGGGCAAGAGGAUACCAAUAUGGCUGACGAGGGAGAGGUUACCGCUGAGGAUGCGGGAGAGGUUUCAGAGGGACUAGAGGAAGGAGAAGAACUACCGGAUGAGAGAAUGGAUACCUCCUGA